AUGGAUAUGAAUUCGGACUCAUCGAUCUCGGGAGGCCCUGACCUCACAGAUGUGGGGCUUGAUAUGUCUAAUUCUACAGUGGCUUCAGAAUUCUUAGAUGCUCUGCUAGAUGACACCACUUUACAAGUAUCGGAUUAUGCUAUAGCACGGGCAUUUUGGUAUGGAAUCGUCAUUGUGGUUGUCUUGGUGGGUGUAGCCCACUGGACUCAAUGGGCUAUACUGAAACUACGACUGCGCGCCGCGGCUGCAAACCGGCCACGUCCUGCGAGUCCCUCGAAUCCAGUUACUUCAUUACUGGCUAGCUGUACAGCAGUGGUUCGGGAAAUCUCCUACCACCAAAUCACAUUCAUGAACUCAUGGCUUCGAAUCCCAACAAUCGGGUCAAUACUACUCAUUUUGGGAUACUUCGGCUAUAUUAUGGGGUUGCAAUUUUAUAAUGGUGACUAUCCUGGUGCUCAGCACUGGCAAGCACAAGGUCUGCGGGCAGGCUGGCUUACCAUCACGCAAUUCCCUCUGAUUCUCUUACUGGCUGGAAAGCGGAACCUCAUCGGGUAUGCUGUGGGCGUAUCAUAUGAACGGCUCCAGAUCUUGCAUCGCUGGGUGGCCAGAGUUAUGCUGUUAACUGCUACCAUCCAUGGCGGAGUCCAGGCCUACGGAUGGCACAAGUAUGGUGUGAUGAAACUGGAAUUUGACACCGACAGCUGCAUUCCUACAGGCUUUGCGACUUGGAUCAUCAUGGUGUGGUUGGUGUUCUCCUCAACAGCACCCAUUCGCAAUUGGAGAUAUGAGUUCUUUGUUAUACAGCACAUUAUUACCUUUGUCGGUCUUGUCGUCGCGAUUUUCUACCAUCUACCCUCCACCGCGCUCAGCUCCAGGAUAUACGCCUGGAUUGGUGUCGGCAUCUUCAUUCUUGAUCGGCUCGUACGCACCAUCAUUUAUGCAUUUGUUAAUAUGAAACCGGCAAAAGCUACCAUAACUGAGCUUCUCGGUGACGUGACCAAGAUCCGCAUUUCAUCCCCUCGCUUAAAGCGCUGGACUCCGGGCCAGCAUGUCUUCCUAUCUAUUCCGAAUUUGGGAGUUGGACAGUCUCAUCCGGCAACUAUCUUAUCAAUUCCCUCGUCACAUGAGAAUGAUCUUGUUUUUAUUCUGCGAGCACACCGCGGAUUUACGCGUCGAUUGCUUCAUUCUGCAAAGUCCUCAUCAUCUGAUUUGUUGCAGAAAACUCAGAAUGAGGUCCAAACUGUACAAGCAGAAGAAACUCAACACAUAUCCCUCAUAGGUGGACCGUAUGGAGGGUCACACGCCGACUUUGCAGCUUUUGAUACUGCUAUCCUCAUUGCAGGAUCAACGGGUGUUACAUUUACACUACCAAUUCUUCUCGACAUUGCGCAAAGAGCUACAGAUGGAAAGCUUCCAGUUCGGAAAUUAGUCUUUAUUUGGGUUAUCAGAACAGCUGAUUGUACAGAUUGGAUCUCGGAUGAGUUACAAAAAGCCAGUCAAGCGCUUCUCAAUGCAGGCAUUGAGCUUGAAAUUCGCUUCUUCGUGACCUGCGACGUCGAGCCAUCUCAACCAUCAGAGAAGCUGAGCGGAUGCAAAUGCAGCAAUACGGAGGGACCUUGUUGUUGCAGUGGGCUUGGCUCUUCAAGUAUCCAAGAUAUCUCCGAAACAAUCCUUGAAGCCUCGAGUCCCGCGGAAAAGGUUGUUUCUAUCAUCUCUUCUGCGAAGAACCAGACAAAGACCUCAACAUCAAUCCAAUCUGCUGUCUAUGAAUCAGGCCGACCUCGCCUUAAGACAAUGCUUUGGGACCUGUUGGACCAUGCCAGAGGCGAGACUGGUGUUGCUGUAUGUGGUCCUUCGGGAUUGGUGAGCAAUGUGAGGAAUACAGUUGCCACUGUUAGUGAAGAACGAGGCUCAUAUAAAGGUACUGGAGCGGAAGGUGUGUACUUACAUGCGGAGAGCUUUGCAUGGUAA